GAGGCAGGCAGGGGCUGGCGAAUUUAUCACUGACCACUGACGUUUUACAUUUACUGAGUCAUACUUUCGGUACCACAAAUUAUGUUGUUUAUGUGGAAAUCUAUUUAAAAUAGAUUAAAAUUUGCAAGAUAUACUUAUUUAAAGCUAUACGGCACAGCGCUAUAGUUAACCUACCAUGGCUGCAACAAGGAGACUUCAAAAGGAAUUAAACGAUAUUAGGCAAUCAGGUCUAAAAUCUUUUAGGGACAUUCAAGUGGACGAGUCUAAUAUCUUAACAUGGCAAGGAUUAAUUGUUCCAGAUAACCCUCCAUAUAACAAAGGUGCAUUUCGCAUUGAAAUAAAUUUUCCUGCUGAAUAUCCAUUCAAACCGCCUAAGAUUAGUUUCAAGACUAAAAUUUAUCACCCAAAUAUUGAUGAAAAGGGUCAAGUUUGCCUUCCUAUCAUCAGUGCAGAGAACUGGAAACCUGCCACAAAGACUGAUCAAGUGAUUCAAGCUUUAGUUGCUCUUGUAAAUGAUCCUGAGCCAGAACAUCCCUUGCGUGCUGAACUUGCUGAGGAAUUUCUCAAAGAUAGAAAAAAGUUCACAAAGAAUGCAGAGGAGUUCACUAAGAAGCAUAGUGAAAAACGGCCUACUGACUAAUCCCACACAUUUUAAUGGAUUUACAGCAAACACUUUUAAAUAACUGGAAUACUUGUACCAAUUAAUAUCCUUUAGAAUUUUGGGUUAAUCAUUCAAACUUUAUUAAACAUACCUUUAUGUGCAUUUUUGUUAAAAGUACCAUUUUAAAGUUUGAAGACCAAAAUAUUAUUAUGUGUUGAUAAACAGUCAUUAAUUUCAGGGUAUUAUAAAGUUUUCUUAUUAAUCUUGAAACUUGCUGUAGAUUCUGUAUAUUACGCUACCAGAUAUUCUACUGAACUAUUGUUUUUAUAAACCACAUUGCUUGAAAAUUUUAAGCACCAGUUAUUUAAAUAAAUGGUAAUUUUAUUAGUGUUUCUAAAGGUAUCUAAUGUCUAUGCUUAUUUAUGAAUUUAGAGUUUUUGUUGAAAUCGUAAUGUUGGUGUAACAAUAGUAAAACAAAUAAGUUAUGAAAUGAAAAUGACGAACAUUCCAUACUUGUCUACAAGAUUUGGUUGGUAUUUUCUAUUAUGUUACACCAAUGAACCAUUCGUAACAAUAUCAACUUGUGAGCUAUUGGGGUACAGAGCUUGAAUUGCAGCAAUUAAUAGGAUCUCUUAUUGCUUUUGAUUGUUCAUUUAGCCCUAAUUAUUAUUUACUUUACACUGAGUUAGUAUUAUAACAUGUAAGUUUAAAUUGAUUACAUUAUCAAACAUGCUUUAAAGAUAAAUAAAAAUAAAAUAAUUCAAUGUUCAUAGUUAGUAUAGAAACACUAGAAACAAUCACAAAUACUUUAUGUAUUGUAAAUAAUUACAAAAGAAAAACUGGUUCUAUAAAUAAAAAUACAUUAUGGUAAUGUGGAGUCUAAUUAUAUUUUAAGUUUUUGAAACAUAACUAUUGGUCCACUGCCAAAAAUUUAGAGUUCUUAUUUUACUGUAAUCCAUAUACCAGACUUGAUCCUGUCAUCUAGAUAGAUUCUAGACCAUUAUGUGACAGUGGUCAGUAAAUAGCAGAAUGUGCAGUGUUGGAACCAGCUCUUAUUCUGUCUUUGCUUAUGCUUAACUUUAGUAUUGCUAUCCAUGGAAUUGCUAUCAGACAGUUGAAUUAAUUGUCUACUUGUUGAAUUGUUUGACUUGUGAAAACCUACCUAUUUAUUUGUUUUUUCUGCAUUUGAAUAAAUAAUUCAUGUUCA